AUGACUGCUGAUGACGAUAGAGAAGAGACUUUAAAACAGUUAGAUAUCACAAUGGUAGAAAAAGAUAUUUCAACAGAACCUGCUGUGUACGGUGUACGAAGAGUGGGUAAUACUCUUAUGAUUGGUGAUACACCUGUUGAUUUUGAUGAUCAAUUCAUCAACGUGGGAGAUCAAAAGCGGAGAGAAUCUCAAGAAAAGAUUGAAAAGAAUAACAACAAUGAAGAAAAUUAUAAUAGUAGUAGUAGCAGUUCAAUAAUAACCAAACUGCAGAAAAUUUUGAAGCAGAAAUGUGAUUCUCUCCGAAAAAAUAUGGAGUAUCAUGAUCAUGAUCGAGAUGACAAUGAAAAAGAGGAGGGGGAUCAACAAGAAUCGCAAGAGGAUGAUGAUGAUGUUGAUGAUGAUGAUAUUGAUUAUAAUAGAGAAGAGAAGGAGAACAGCUCAAAUGGAUUUAAUAAAUUGAUGUUUAAGACUUACACUCAACCAAGUUGA